AUGGUGGAUAUUAUUUUCAGCUCUUCUUUCUUGGGUGAUAUGGGGGAUCAUUCCAAAAAGAAGUCAGGAUUCGCGAUGUGUGUAGGAUGUGGAAGUCAGAUCCAUGACCAGUACAUACUGAGAGUCUCUCCCGACCUGGAGUGGCAUGCAGCCUGCCUGAAGUGUGCAGAGUGCAGCCAGUACCUGGAUGAGACCUGCACUUGUUUCGUCCGGGACGGCAAAACCUAUUGCAAAAGAGAUUAUGUAAGGCUGUUUGGAAUAAAAUGCGCAAAAUGCAACCUGGGGUUCAGCAGCAGCGACCUGGUGAUGAGAGCCCGGAGUAACGUGUACCACAUCGAGUGUUUCCGGUGCUCGGUGUGCAGCAGGCAGCUGCUGCCGGGAGACGAGUUCUCCCUCCGGGAAGACGAGCUGCUGUGCCGGGCAGACCACAGCCUGCUGCUGGACAGGAGCUCCGCAGGAAGCCCCAUCAGCCCCGGACACGUCCACUCCAACAGACCGCUGCACCUGGCAGACCCGGUCACGGUGCGGCAGGCUCCGCAUCGGAACCACGUCCACAAGCAGUCGGAGAAGACGACCCGGGUCCGGACGGUGCUGAACGAGAAGCAGCUCCACACGUUGCGGACCUGCUACAACGCCAACCCCAGACCGGACGCCCUGAUGAAGGAGCAGCUGGUGGAGAUGACCGGCCUGAGCCCCAGGGUCAUCCGGGUCUGGUUCCAGAACAAGCGCUGCAAAGACAAGAAGAGGUCCAUCCUGAUGAAGCAGCUCCAGCAACAGCAUCACAGUGAUAAGACUAACCUGCAGGGCCUCACAGGGACGCCUCUUGUGGCCGGGAGUCCUAUUCGACAUGAGAGCGGUGUGCAGGGAAACCCGGUGGAGGUCCAGACCUACCAGCCUCCAUGGAAAGCCCUGAGUGAGUUCGCCCUGCAGAGCGACCUGGACCAGCCGGCCUUCCAACAACUGGUGUCUUUCUCUGAAUCGGGAUCUCUCGGAAACUCCUCGGGCAGCGACGUGACUUCUUUGUCCUCCCAGUUACCGGACACCCCCAACAGUAUGGUACCCAGCCCGGUAGAGACGUGA